AUGCUUGAAGCUCCAGACAGUCUCAUAUAUUCUGCCAUCGACAAUUUUGAGACACAGCCUGAUCUCGCUAGUCUUCGGCGGAUCGCCGAAAACCUCAGAAAAACUGCAGAUCUCCGUUCGGCUCGUAUUGAAAAGUUGGAAGACCAAGUUCUGCGUCUCGAAAGCGAGCUACGCGAGGUUUCUGAAGAAAUCGAAUCGCUCAAAGAGCCCAGCGCCACUGUCUAUGAAACGCUAGGCCAGUUUGGAGAGGUCCAGAAAUCAGACAGUGUGUUCAAGUUGAUCAAUGCCAAAUCUGUCGAGUUGGAUAAUCUCAAAGUAUCCUUGGCCAAACAACUUACAGAAUUGGAAAGCGCCAUAAACCACAUGAGUAUGAAGAAAAUCAGCAUGAGCAGAAGACGGGAUGAACUCGCUAGUGAGAGGGAACAGGCACUAGCCGCUAAUAUCGCAUCCAACUUAAAUUCCAGCAGCAUGAAGAUCAGUCUCUACAAAAGUUUGGGGGUACAUGUUGAAGACUUUGACGGGGAAAGUGACAAGAUCAUCAUUUUCGACCGUGGUACCGACCUGACUAGUGUUUUGCCUGUUGACGAAAAGUAUCUGGACUACUUCAUCAGCAACUACAUCUGGGACCGGCUCGGCAAUGCGUGA